AUGAAACUCUCGUUGCGCGAGCUCUGUGAUCCCCUUGUCCCAAAUGAAAUGUACAAUGAAUGUAUUCAGCAUUCUAGGGAUCAUCUUGCCUGUAUCUGCAUCGUGGAACAGCUUCCGACCAUCAAUGUUAAACCAUUGUGUCCAAGGGGGUGUCGGGAUAUAAAAAAAAGACCUAGGGUUGAUUUUUUUGGUAGUGAGCGCUGGGCUGAACCAACCACCCAACGUAAUCAGGCACGUGUCUAUUUUAGGAAAUAUGACGUCACCAUUGUGACAUUGUCUUCCUGUCCUCGGGCCUCUCGAUGUUGA